CGCAAUGGUAUCCAAAGUAAAUGUUUCCCUUCAACUGUCAACAUUUUUGUUAAAUGGACAUGAUAUUCGAUAUUUAUCACUUUCAGACAACUGUUAUGUUUGUUCAACAGACUUUGUAAAGAUGUCAAAGGUGAAAGCUAUUCCACUGUUUCUGGCUACAGAUAUCUUAAAUGGCAUUGAACAAGACAAGAAAAACUUCUACAGAAUACACAGUCGCUUUGCAAAAGAUGGUCUGGCAACAAAACUGACUUUUAAGGAUGCAGUGUUGGUGGGUAUCAACAACAGCAGUGGAAUCUGGUUCUACUCGGUGCAGGGACUGUUUCAAGCCGUGUUUGAAUAUCACAACAGGAAGACGCAGAGACUCUGUAUGGUAGAACUACUUAAUUUAUGGCUGGCACGUUAUGACGACAAAUUGGCUUCAGCUGUUAGUGUAGAAGUGAAAAUGACAGAUGAAUUGGCAGAUAUUGAAACAUCAUCAGCUAUCCAGUCGGAUAUAAACAUUACUGCAACAAAUCUGCAUUCAGCAGACAGUGUGUUGAAUACUAAUAGUGAACUGCAAUCAACUACCAAUGAUUUUUCUAAAUCUGAUCUUAAAUCUGUAGCUGCUAACUGCAAGUCAGAAACGACAGUAAAUUUAAGUUCCAAAAUAUCUUUACCAUGUGCAGACAUUUUGAUUCGUGCUAAAGAUGAACAGUUGCUGAAAGGUGACAAGCCAAACAUAAUUAAUAUUUCAGGAUACAACUCAAUGAAAGAUCUUUUAAACAGCUUUUUGCAAGCAUUAAAAACAGAACAUGAGAGAUUUCCUCGUACAACAUGCAUUGAUCCAUCACAAAUGGAAACCGUUUGCUGUGUUUUAGAAGUGCUCACAGAUGAAUUAAAUGAGUCAUCCCAAGGAUUUCCAUUUGAUCUCAUAGCUCGAUAUCAGGCAGAGGUUGAGAAGCAUUCACCUCCCUUUAACAAGAAAAAUAAUUUUGACAUUUUAUGGAAUCGAGAUAUAGCUCUGUGUGUUAUUUCUGAUUGGCUAGGAGAGAACUUCAAUCAGUUAGAACCUGAAAUUGCUCUGAAAGUUGAGAAAUUUAAAAGUGAUCACAUUGAGUGUAUAGACAGCUUGCCUCAAGCGGAAGCCAUGAUUGACAUGUUGUUUCCUUCCUGUAUGAAAUGUCUUCUGUGUUCCUGGAUUGGCAUUCGUGAAGACAGUGCUGAACCAAGUCUUUUUGUGGAUCACGAUUAUGGUAAUCGGUCAAAGCGAUGCAAACGUAGUUAUCAGACGAGUCGGAACUUAUUCCCAUUGAUUCAAAUAAUAUUAGAGUUCACAAACAAUGCUUUGAUUUCUGGAGUGGCUCAUGUGGUGUUCACAAGACUUAUGCUAACAACAUAGUUUGUCAUAUUAAACGUCUUAUAACUUA